CCCCCCCCCAAACACCCACACAGCUGCCUGAAUUCUUGAACGGAGAGAGAUUGAAAGGCCGGAGGGGCCCUUUAAAGAGUGGCAGCGGGAGAAGCGUGCCUCUGGGAAUGGGCAGAGUGCAUUUCUGCGUAGACAGCAAGCUCAGCUGAUCAGAAGCGCAGCGGCGCCAUGGCUUCUGGAGGGGAAGACCUGGACGACUGGGCGGGCACCAGUCUAGUCGACUUGACCUCAUCUGAACUGGCAUCCACCCAGGGUUCCAUGAUUGACAACGGGGAAGAUUUUGAAGUCCUGGAUAGUACAGACGACGGGGAUUUAAGUGGUCUCCCACCACUGGAGGAUGUCCCAACCAGCUCUGCCAAAAAAGACAACCAAGAAGCGAAAGUGGAACAUCCAUCUAAGGAAGAGUCGGAGGCGAGCCAGGAAUGGCUUGAUGUUUUAGGGAAUGGCUUACUGAAGAAGAAAGUCCUCUUACCAGGGCAAGGCCAGGAGACCCGGCCAUUCAGGGGCCAGGAUGUGACCAUCCGGUUUAAAGCAAUGCUGGAGGAUGGGACAGUGGUGGAGGAAAACCCCAGACUCACCUUCACGCUGGGGGAUUUUGAUGGCAUCCAGGCCCUGGAUCUCUGUGUGCAGCUGAUGGACAUGGGGGAGACAGCGCUCAUCACUUCAGAUGGGAAUUACUGCUUCGGCCCACUGGGGAGGAUUCCCGACAUUCCUCCCUGUGCUUCCUUAACUCUCGAGGUGGAAUUGUUGACAGCCCAGGAUGCUCCUGAUUUGGAACUCCUCAGCGGGAAAGAGAAAGUCUCACUGGCUAACCGGAAGAGAGAAUAUGGCAAUGUUCACUACCAGCAAUUAAAUUACGUUCUGGCCGCCAAUUCCUAUGACAUUGCUCUCAAGGUCAUCAACUCCAAUACUAAAGUGGAUUUCAGUGAGGAAGAAGAGGCAGAGCUGGUGGAAGUGAAGAUAAAAUGUUUGAAUAAUUUAGCAGCGUCCCAUCUUAAGCUGGACCAUUUUGAGGCUGCCCUGCGAGCCUGCAAUCAAGUGUUGGAGCAACAGCCAGAUAACAUCAAGGCGCUGUUCCGAAAGGGAAAGGUUCUGGCACAGCAAGGGGAAUACAGUGGGGCCAUCCCUAUCUUAAAGACUGCUCUGAAGCUGGAACCAUCAAAUAAGACCAUUCACACCGAGCUCUCGAAACUGGCCAAGAAGCACGCUGACCAAAAGAGCAUCGAGGCAGAGAUGUACCGCAAGAUGCUGGGGAACCCUGGGUCCACCAGCCCCCCAGCGAAGUGCAAAGAUAAAUCCUCCUGGACAAUUCCGUGGAAGUGGCUGUUCGGUGCCACUGCUGUAGCGCUGGGGGGCGUAGCCCUGUCAGUCAUCAUAGCAGCCAGAAACUAAGGCCGACCUGCGGUUGAUGACUUUUGAGGAAUCAGGCUUGGAGAUUUGGCCCUUCCUUCCUCCCAGCUCCUGCCCCUCUUCCACCACCUGGCCCCCUCAAGGACUGGCAUACGACUUUGCACCGGUGUCCUCCCCUCUGGACUGUAGGUUGACUGAGUGGGGGGGUGGGCACAGCAGACUUGGCUCUCCUGCCCAGCAGAAAGACUUCCCAGCCUCCAGAGUUGAUCAGAACAUCAAUGAAACCCUUUUGCAGGAGAUGCCCGGGGUGGCAAGAGAGAUUCUUGCACCAUCUGGAGCUGCAGAAGUGAGAAGAAACCCAAAGGGUCUGGGUAUAUUUUGCAGGAGAGGGCAGGAAAACAGGCCUUGGCUCAAUGGCUACCAUUCACUUCUCUCUUUCUUUCUUUCUUUCUCUCUCUCUCUUUCUCGCUCGUGUGGGUUUUUCUUAUCCUUGCGCUAUAGCUGGCCCCGCAAAAGAUCCGUCAAAAUGAAGGAAGGAUAUUUCUGGGGUCCGCCGGGCAGGGGGAAGAAACGAAGGGACUGCAAAAAUAAAAAUAAAAAUAAAAAAGAGUUGCAUUGGUUUUAGAACAGAUUUAGGAGGAGAAGUUUAGAAACUGUUUAGACCUGGCCUUAGGCCAGGUAGAAGAGGCCAGGACUGUGAAGAUAACUCCUUUAGUGCUCAGGAUUGGUUUGGGUGGGGGUCAGAGGGAUUUUGGUUUGUCCAACCGCCUUCCGUGAAAGCUUCCUUGGAGAACCUCAGGGGUUUCUCUAGAUUUCAUUUUGGUUUGUUCCAGGUGUUGAAAACAUGCCUGCAGGGAACAUGUCUGGGUAAAAAAUGACCUGGAUUGCUUUCUUUUGAUCGUCUUCAGGAAGCCAAAUCGGGAGCCAAGGAACUUCUCCAUCGUUGCUCAAAAUCUGCUUUCAAACUUUACUGGUGGCUUUUCCACCCCCUGACUGUCUCCUUUUUAAGCCACCCAACUUUUCAGUUUGCAGCACCGGGUGCCACUCGAACCCGGCGCUGUUUUUCUUUGGUACAGUUUUUCUCACUCUCUACAUUUUAAAACUGUGAACAGCUGCGACAUCCUCAUGUUCUAAUAAAGCAACAUCUCUCAGCAGA